AGUUCGUUGCUGGGUUCUCUACUAUUCGUCAUCUGAUUGGACCUUAGUUUCUGGGCUCAAUGAGUAACCGUGUUAGCGAUGAGGCCGUGGAACAGGUCACACAGGAAAUCAGAAGUGGGCAUUCUUCUCGUCGACAUGACAGGACUUUGCCAUGUAUUCACAAAGUGGGAGCCCCUCCUAAGCAAAAUCUUCUCAGAGAGAUCAAAGAUUCUGUGAUGGAGACUUUCUUUGCAGACAAGCCCUUAAGCCACUUUAAGGACCAGCCUGGAUCAAAAAAGUUUGUUCUUGGACUCCAAGCAGUUUUCCCAAUUCUUGAAUGGGGAAAAGGGUAUAAUAUUAGUAAAUUUAAAGGAGAUCUCGUUGCUGGAGUUACCAUUGCAAGUCUCUGUAUUCCUCAGGAUAUUGCAUAUGCAAAGCUUGCAAAUUUGAAACCACAGUAUGGACUGUACACCAGCUUUGUGGCUCCUCUGGUCUAUGCUUUCAUGGGAAGCUCAAGAGAUAUAGCCAUAGGACCAGUGGCUGUGGUGUCCCUUUUGCUUGGAACUAUGCUGACAGAUGAGAUUAGUGACUACAGAAGUCAUGACUAUCUUCGUCUUGCAUUUACUGCCACCUUUUUCGCAGGAAUCACUCAACUGGCACUUGGAUUUCUCAGGCUCGGUUUCUUGAUUGACUUCUUAUCUCACGCUGCCAUUGUGGGAUUCAUGGCUGGAGCUGCAGUUACUAUAGCCCUACAGCAGUUUAAAGGAUUGCUUGGCAUAAAGAAUUUUACCAAGAAGACUGACAUAAUCUCUGUCAUGCGCUCAGUUUGGACUAACGUGCACCAUGGGUGGAAUUGGCAGACAAUAGUAAUUGGAUUAGCAUUCUUGGCUUUCCUCCUUGCAACUAAGUAUCUGGCUAAAAAGAAUAAGAAACUAUUUUGGGCUUCUGCACUUGCUCCUUUGGUGUCUGUUAUACUGUCCACUUUUUUUGUCUACAUUACUCGUGCUGACAAGAAUGGUGUUGCAAUUGUGACACACAUAGAGAAGGGAGUGAAUCCAUCAUCUGCUAGAGAACUCAUUUUCAGCGGAAAAUAUCUUGGCCCUGGUAUUAGAGUCGGUGUGAUAGCCGGUUUGAUUGCCCUCACGGAAGCUGUGGCAAUUGGGAGAACAUUUGCUGCUAUGAAAGAUUAUCCGUUGGAUGGUAACAAAGAAAUGGUGGCAAUGGGAACAAUGAAUAUUGUUGGUUCACUUACAUCUUGCUAUGUAGCCACAGGAUCCUUUUCACGAUCAGCGGUAAACUACAUGGCUGGCUGUCACACUGCUGUAUCAAACAUUGUUAUGGCCAUCGUGGUGUUAUUAACGUUGGUGUUCAUUACACCAUUAUUUAAGUACACCCCAAAUGCAGUGCUUGCUUCUAUUAUAAUAGCUGCUGUGGUGGGCCUUGUUGAUAUCGAUGCAGUUGUUCUGCUAUGGAAAAUUGACAAAUUUGAUUUCCUAGCCUGCAUGGGAGCUUUCUUUGGUGUGAUUUUCAAGAAUGUUGAGAUUGGCCUUCUCAUCGCGGUGGCCAUAUCAUUUGCCAAAAUCCUUUUACAAGUGACAAGGCCAAGGACUGUGAUACUUGGGAAGCUUCCAGGGACCAAGGUGUACAGGAACAUUCAUCAAUACCCACAUGCCGCACAGAUUCCCGGAAUGCUAAUUAUUAGAGUUGACUCUGCAAUCUACUUCUCAAACUCUAACUAUAUCAAGGACAGAAUUCUGAGAUGGCUGCAAGAUGAAGAUGAGCAAAGGAAAGAAAGUAGUUGUCCCACAAUACAGCACCUCAUUGUUGAAAUGUCACCUGUUAUUAACAUUGACACUAGUGGCAUCCAUGCCGUUGAAGAUUUGUACAAGAGCCUUCAAAAGAGAGAGGUCCAGCUUGUCUUGGCAAAUCCUGGGCCAAUUGUAAUGGAGAAGCUCUAUGCAUCCAAGUUAGUAGACAUGAUUGGGGAAGACAAGAUAUUUCUAUCGGUGGGUGAUGCUGUUGCAACUUUUGGUUCCAAAGCUGAAGAAGUUUGAUAGGUUUAAUAUAUAAAUAUAUAUAUAUAUAUUCCUAUGAACCGUACCCAUUCAGAAGUUGUCAAUGGCACAUUGUUUGUUGAUAUGAACUGUAAUUAGUGUUUAAAGAUUACUUGGUUAGCCACAUAGUCCGGGUCCUUCCUUCCCGUGUGGCCUAUAUCGUAGUCUUCUUUUGCAAUUUCCCUUUCUUUUUCCAAAUUUUGUGUGCAGUCAAUUAAUGGUCCAUUCAUGGGCUCAAAGGAAGAUCAGGUGUCAAGUGUUAUGAAAAUUUGUUCAGUUGUAGGAGAAGAAAGCCUGGGAAUUCCCCCUUCCCCUUUUUAUGAUCUGGCUCAGAGUUUGUAUUCAUCUCAUUUGGUGGAAGCCAUAUGUAUCAAGGAACUCCAGGCGUGCUAGUGAUAUUGUUGUAUUAUCUUCAAAUUCAGAAGAACCAAAUUAUGUCCCAAUAGUUGAUGGUAAAUUCCGAAUGCUAGCAGUCCGAUAAAUGAAACUAUCAAUGGAAAUGAUU